AUGCAAGUCCAAAGUUUACCUGGCAGUCCAUCCAGUCCAGGAUUUCCAGGCAUCCCUGGUGCACCCACCAUGCCAGUGUCACCCUUCGGUCCCCGCUCCCCCAUUGGACCACGAGGACCCUGUUUGCCCAUAUCACCGACUGGUCCAAAAGGACCCAUAUCGCCCAUAUCCCCAGGAGGACCCAUGGGUCCUGGGGGUCCUGGGGACCUGCUUUCCCAUCUGGUCCGGGUUCUCCGGGGUCACCGGCAGCUCCUGCGGCACCGGACGGACCAUCGUCGCCCUUCAACCCAACCGGACCCAUCAUUCCAGUUGAUCCAGGAGGACCCUGAGGACCAAAGGGUCCCAUUGGUCCAAUCAAGCCAUCAGAACCUUGAAAACCAGUUGGACCGACCGGGCCUUGAGGCCCAGGUAGUCCGAGAGGACCUUUCACACCAGGUUGACCCAUCGGUCCAGGUGGUCCCAUUGGUCCUUGCAUCCCGUUUGCACCGAUCAUCCCGAUUGGUCCCAGCGGUCCACGUGGCCCUUGAUUUCCCGGAAGGCCAGGGUCUCCAUCCUGACCAGGCUUGCCGUCAAGUCCAGGAUCACCUGGUGGCCCUGGAGGCCCACGGACUCCAUCACUGGCUGCUGGACCGGGUGGGCCAGGUUCUCCAAUCUUCCCUGGAGGUCCGGGCGGACCAGGAGGACCUGGCAGCCCCGGUUCACCGGCGGGACCACGAGGACCUGUCACGACUGGUGGCUGAAGAAAGGGUCCUGGUCCUUUCACACUCUGAAUUGGUACAUAGAUAUCAAAUUGAAAAAGUCUUGUCAUGA